AAAUUACACUACAGUCUCGCUGGCCCUGCGGCCGAGUUUUGCUGGCUUGGCUGGAUGUCGACGCACAUGUCUUAGUAUAUUAACGUUUGUUCCUACAAGCGUGUCCUAAAGCCUGACGGUGGUUGUCGGCGUGGCGACAUUCGCACGGUCAUCGGCACCUUUGCAGAAGAGCCGCGGGCGACAGGGCUCUUCGGAACGAACACGCCCUGUCAUGCAGGGAGUACCUAUUAUUAUUAUUAUUAUGUGGCGCAGCCGCUGUGUGCGCCUGGAACAGACCCUGGCAUGGCACGGCAUCGUGCAUGGGAGCACCGUCUUUGCCACCAGUGUGCUCCUUGGCGGCGUCGGGGUCACGGGCGCGGACGUACGGCGUGUCAGCACCGCUGUGCAGGCACUGGCGGCAGCCGACCCAGUUGCGCUGUCACACAUGGAGGCGGGGCGCUGGGAUGCGGUGCUUGCGCAGCUCGUGCGUCGCAGCGGCGUGGCGGAGGAGGUGGCGGUGGCGGUGGUGUCCGAGCACCGCGGUGCACUGAUGGGCAGCGUGGCUGCUGGCAAGCUGACGGCGCGCAUGUGGGUGGCGCGCCGCACAACCCACGCCGCGCCCGCACUGGCGGCAGUGGUGGCACGCACGGCGGCAGGCGCAUCGGCCGCAGCGCGGCCAGUGGCGGCGGGGGCUGGCGGCGGGGCGGCAGCACCAUCAGCUCUGUCGGCUGCGCCUCCAUCAUCGAUGACGGGUGGAUCGGCGCCUGCUUGCGGUGCUGCGGUGGCGGCAGCGCACAGCACCACACCAGCUACGUAUUGCAGUUCGGGGCGGAAUGUGCGAUGCAGCAUGACGCAUCACUCGACCCAGGAAACGCGCGCACAGCUGGCAGCUUUGACGCGACUGGCGCAGCAGGGUGACGCUGGCGCGCGCAUUGGGAGCACCGCCGCCGCGGCUCAGGCCUGCACGCCCAGCGUGGAUGCUGGUUCAGCGCCUGCGGCAGCCACGACGAGCGACGCAGCAGCGGUCGCGGGCAACGCGGCGGGCGCGACGCUGGCCGCCAGCGGCAGCAGCGAGGUGCGCCAUAGCCGGCACCUGGUGGAAAUGUUGGCGGCGGUGGCGGCCGUGGUGAGGGCGGAUCCGGCGCUGUGUGUCAUCGCCGACCGGCUGACUGUGCGGCUGGAGGCGCAGGGCGAGGCGGCGCAGCUGGCGGCGGCCCUGCAGGCGCGGCUGCCGCCGCCCCUGCGGUGCGCGACUGUGGAGUGCAUGCGGAAGUGGCUGUUCCGGCACAAGUUCGAAGUGGAGCUGGCGCUGGCGACUGCUGGGAAGCCUGAUGUGCCAGCAGCAGCAGGGGAGCGUGCAUCUGCUACGGGUGCGGCGGCGGAUGAGGCCGCGGCGGAGGGGCGCAGCAGGCAGGCAGGCUAGGGUGUGUUGUGGACAUGCCGGGUGUGGCCGUGGCGGCCGAGUAAUGGCCGCCGCGGGGCCCAGCAGGAACAGUAUUGACACUAUGCUGAACCGACUAGCUAGGUUAGCACUCCUAGUUGCGCUCUUCGAUGCCUUUUGGGAGCAUAGGUCAUAGGAGUAGGAGCACCCCUAUCCAGGGAACGACGU